AUGUUUUGGAUGAGAGAGUAUUGCUGCCUUUACGAAUCGAAGUCGUGCUUCGAUGUGCAUGAACAGAAGCAUAAGAGCGCAAAGAUUGACAGAUUGCUAAGGAUUGAGCGAAAGGAGCAAAAAAAUCAAAUUAAGAUAUUGCUAUUAGGAGCUGGUGAUAGUGGGAAAUCGACGUUUCUGAAGCAGAUGAAGAUCAUUCACAACAUCCAUUUCGAGGAUAAGGAAAUCAGAGAGUACAGGAGGAUAAUUUACGAGAACGUUGUCAGGGGAAUGCAAACCUUGGUGGAUGCUUGCGUUAAGCUGAAGAUUCGGCUAGAGGAUAAUUACAAUUACAUAAAUGGCCAAAAUUUGAUACAAACUGAGUGCAAAGACAUGGAAAUGCAGCAGUUCAGGAGUGUUGCCCCUUUACUAAACUGCCUUUGGAAGGACUCGGGUAUCAAAUUAGCUUUCACCAGGAGAAGGGAGUUUCAACUGGCCGAUUCCGUCGAGUAUUAUUUAAACGACUUGGCAAGGAUAUCCAAGUACUCGUACUUGCCAAACUCUAAAGACAUUUUGUUAUGCAGAAAAACUACUAAAGGGGUGUCUGAAGUUAAGAUCAACAUAAAUAACAUUCCUUUUGUAUUUGUCGAUAUUGGAGGACAACGAGCGCAGCGACAAUUUGACCAAAUACUUAUGGAGGAUCGAAAAACUAACAGACUAGAGGAAAGCAUUCAAAUCUACGACACGAUAAUUAAUAAUAACAUUUUUAGCAAUAUGCUCAAGAUAUUGUUUUUGAACAAGCACGAUCUCCUUGUGAAGAAGAUCGCAGAUACUACCACAAACAUUAGCUGGUAUUAUCCUAAGUACACUGGAGAUCCGCAUUCCGUUAAAGAAGUUGAAGUUUUUAUUGCGGCCCUUUUCUCAGCCGUGAAGCGAGAUCCUAGCAAAAAAGUCUUCCAGCAUUUCACCUCAACCGUAGAUACGGAGAAUAUGACUCACGUGUUUAGCUCCAUUAAAGGUUCCAUUCUGAACAAGAACGUCCAGAACUUUACAAUACUAUAA